UUGGUAACACUCCGACGAACGAUCGGCAUUUGCGGCCAGUAACGAGUUGAGUGUGGCUCAAACGAGUCGAAAAACGGAUGAUAAAAAAAUCGUUUUAGUGGUGAAAGAAUUCGUGUUUUUCAUAGCUAAUUAUUAUAGAAAGUAUCAAAAUUUAUGAAAUCAAUAAAGAGUGCAACUACAGAAAGUGUGAAAAUGUGUCUAAACUGGAGGAAAAGUUGAUGGAAAAUCGACUGAAAGUUGGCCAAGAUAAACUCAAACUCGUUUGCACACACGCAUACACACAGAUACGGAACUACGCACACCAGUGCACCCACAACAGAGUCUGGAGUCUGAAGCCCAAUAACAAUUAAAAUAAAAGAAGUUAAGUCAGUCGGCGUCAGCGUCAGCGGCGGGGUCUCCGCGUUGGCUUAUGAAUCAUACUUCGAGAAAAUAACUUCCAGAAGAGAGCCUCCCACCUCCCCUGGCACUUAUGUAAACUGCACUUCACUUCACGUCCGAACAAGCGAACAACAGUAGCGGAAAUAAAACAAAUAUUUGUGCAAAACAUCACCCACUCAGCUAAUCAAUCAAUCAGUCAAUCUAAGCGUUGCACAUGUCUGGCAAGGAAAUGCGUCCAUUGUCGCUCUCGAUAGGCGCCUCAUUGCUGCCCAGCUUCUCCCUUGUGACGGCUUCGCAGGAUGGCAUCCUGCACAAGGAUUGCCAUGGCAAGAUCUGCAAUCCCGUGGAGGAAUAUUGCUCCGUCUUCAGCGAGGCCUGCGACUCCUGUGCCACCAUUUGUGAUACCAAGUCCCACAACUAUCAGGCGGACACAUGCGCAAAGGAGUGUUCAGCUUACAACAGAUACGAACCUCUUAAGGCGGAAAUCCACAGUAUACAGUGCACCCAGCAACUGAUUCUCCUCCUUCUGACCAUACUCCUUAUACUGAUAGCCAUACGUUAUGCGUACAAAGGAGUACGCUGGCUGCUGCGCAAGAGAUGCGUCCAGCAGAUGCUGCAGCGAUAUCAGUCCAAGGCCUAUCCGCAUCCGGGGACGGCUAAUGGCAAGGAUCUCAAUGCCACGACUAUACAGAAUCUCAGUGCCAUUCGUCACGGCAGCGACAUUGAGCGGGCGCCGUCACAGAUCUACAGUGUGGCUGGUAAGUGCGCUGCCGAGGGUUCGGUGCUGACACUGACGACGCCAGUGAGCACACGCUAUCCGGCCGAAAACAGCACCACUCCGACUACGGUGGUGACUGAAAUUGGCUAUGGCUAUGAUAAUCAGGCCAUGGUUGUGACGCCGGUUUCCGAGAAGCCCUCAGCUGCCACAACGGCUGCUUUCUAGACCCGCUAGACCCCCUCUGCAGCAGCUACAUUACUUUGUACUUAUGACAAGCGAAAGCGAAAUGUGCAUCACAUUGAAACUAGUGAUAUUUUGUAGAUUAUUAAGCAAAAAGUCUUCGAAUGAUAUUGAAAAUACAGAAAAACAAUAAUUUGUUAUAGUUUUAACCUAA